CAACAUUGUCAACUGUCAAGUGUCAAAGUCCAUUGAUAAACAGCCAGUUUAGAUUUUUUAAAUUAUGUAAAAAUGUUCAUAAGUUUAUUGUUACUCAUUAAUAUUUAACAUCGGUAUUGUGUAUUAAACAUUAACAUAGCCUUUGACCGAUAAUUAUAUUACAAAAACAAGUUAAAAAAUAAUUAUUUGUCUGUGUCAAUUGUGUCGUUAAUCCCUAUUAUCUCAGUCAUCAUUACUUUACAAUUUUUAAAACCUUGAGCAGACAUGGGUCCAACUAUCCCAGCCGUAACUAAACUUACUAAUAGUGUUAUUAGAAUUCUAGGAUGUAAUCCAGGCCCUAUGACUCUUCAAGGCACUAAUACAUACUUAAUAGGCACUGGUAAAAAUCGAAUUCUGGUAGAUACUGGUGAUAAAAAUGUACAAGAUUACCAGAAGCACUUGGCACAGGUGGUAAACCAAGAGCAGGUCAAUAUAGAGCAUAUUAUUGUGACCCACUGGCAUCAUGAUCAUAUCGGAGGAGUUGAAAAUAUUUAUGGCAAAAUUGCUACUGAACCAAAAAUAUGGAAGCAUCCAAGGAGUCAAGAUGAUGAAAAAGAUCACAUACCACCUGUCAUACCUAUGAACUGGUUAGUAGAUGGCCAGGAGUUGAAGGUUGAAGGGGCCACUUUAAAGGUCCAUCACACACCAGGUCAUACUACUGAUCAUGUGGUACUUACACUGCUGGAGGAGAAUAUCCUGUUCAGCGGAGAUUGUAUCCUUGGUGAAGGCACUGCUGUGUUCGAAGACCUGUACAGCUAUAUGAUAAGUUUGAAGAAAAUACUUAACUUGGCACCUGGUGUUAUUUAUCCAGGACAUGGGAAUGUUGUUGAUGACCCAAUCACAAAAAUAGAAUACUACAUACAACACAGAAAUGAAAGAGAAAAGCAAAUAUUAGAAGCACUAAAGAAACAUCAGGAUAAGGCGCUGAACGAAAUGGAUUUAGUUAAAAUGAUUUAUAAGGAUACUCCAGAACAUCUAUGGCCAGCGGCAGCAUAUAAUGUCAGCCACCAUUUAAAAAAACUGACAAAAGAACAUAAAAUUAAUUCUGUGACUGUCAAUGAUGAGUCCAGAUGGCAAUUCGCUGGGAACUUGGACAGUAAUUUAUAGAUAUUGUUUUAUUUUUUAUUAUUUGUUAUGGCAAUACAUAAGUAUUUGUUGCAAGAGGUGUUUUUACAAAUGUUGGCUGUUAAUUUUUGAUAUUAUUAAGAAAAAUUAAUAAAAAAUUUAAUUAAACUAGUUUUUUAUAUUCACCAUACGAUUUUCGUUUUUGAUUUUGCUAGAUCUUUGAAAUGGUUAAACGGAUUCUUAUCAUAUUUGGUACAUGGCUUCUUCUUAGUUCGAAUUUGUUGUGCCAUAAAAAAACCAAAAUAAUAAAUAGCUUAAAAGUUAUUUAAUUAAA